ACCUUUUUUUUUUUUUUUUUAAAGCCACAGCAUUCCAUUAAAAGCACGCCAUUCCUCAGCUCCUUCGCGGCGGCCCUGCUGCUUAUUCUGUGACCAGUGGGAUCAGAUUUGGGGUUGACUCCGGACCGGAUGGCGAAGCCGCCUUCGUUUCUCUCCGCAAAGGCCGUAGGAUCAUUUGCCUAUCUUACAAUCAAAGACAGAACACCACAGAUCUUAACCAGGGCUAUUGACACAUUACAUCGACACAAAAAUGAAUUUUUUGAGAAACAUGGAGAGGAAGGUGUGGAAGCGGAAAAGAAAGCUAUCUCUCUUCUUUCUAAAUUACGGAAUGAAAUACAGACAGAUAAACCAAUUGUGGCCCUGGUUGAGGACUGUGCUGAUACUGACCUUUGGAAUCAGCACCUGGAGUACCAGUGCAGUCUUUUAAACGAAAGCAACGGACAGCCAAGUUGGUUCCGCUCACCAUGGUUGUUUGUGGAAUGCUACAUGUAUCGUCGGCUUCACGAAGCGAUUAUCCAGAGUCCACCAAUCAAUGACUUUGAUGUAUUUAAAGAAUCCAAAGACCAAAAUUUCUUUGAGUCACAGGAAUCUAUCACUGCAUUAUGCACUUACUUGCAAGAGUUGAUAGGAACUAUUGAAGACCUAGAUGAAACUCAGCUGAAAAAUGAGUUUUUUAAAUUUCUGCAGAUUUCACUCUGGGGAAAUAAAUGUGAUCUAUCUUUAUCAGGUGGAGAAAGUAGUUCUCAGAAGACCAAUGUAAUGAAUUCUUUGGAAGACCUAAAACCUUUCAUUUUAGUGAAUGAUCUGGAACAUCUUUGGUUAUUGCUUAGUAAAUGCAAGAAAACCAGGGAAGAAACGUCCAUAGAUAGAGUGUAUAUUAUUCUGGACAAUUCUGGGUUUGAACUUGUUACAGAUUUAGCAUUAGCUGACUUCUUGUUGACCUCUAAAUUGGCUACUGAGAUUCAUUUUUAUGGGAAAGCUAUUCCCUGGUUUGUUUCAGAUACUACUGUACAUGACUUUAAUUGGGUAAUUGAGCAGAUGAAAUGCUGUAAUCAUAAGUGGAUGUCCAAGUGUGGGAUUGACUGGGAAAACUACAUCAAAGUGGGUAGAUGGGUUUAUCAUGAUCAUAUGUUUUGGACUCUGCCUCACGAAUACAGUGCAAUGCCCCAGAUUGCCCCUAAUUUAUAUGCUGAGCUGCAAAAGGCAUGUUUAAUUUUAUUCAAGGGUGAUUUGAAUUUUAGGAAGUUGACAGGGGACAGAGAAUGGGACUUUACUGUUCCGUUCCAUCAGGCUCUGAAUGGCUUCCAUCCUGCUCCUCUGUGCAGCAUAAGAACCUUAAAAGCGGAGGUUCAGGUGGGUCUGCAGCCUGGGCAAGGGGAGCAGCUCACAGCUUCUGAGCCUCACUGGCUGACCACCGGGAAGUACGGCAUAUUUCAGUUUGAUGCUCCACUCUGACUAGGCCUCCGGAAUCCCAGUGUGAGGAAGAUUGGAGAAGCACCUUUCCCUCCGCGGAAAAGCAGUGUGUGAACUGAGCCACAGACUGCGCUGCUUUGGCUCCAGAAAGCUUAGCUUCUCUGUGCUCAUCUCUACACACUCUGGGUGUUUUUUCUUUGGAAUAUUUUGCCUCACUGCAAUGUUUUGGAAAUAGACGGUUUUAAGUUAGUUAUAGAUUUUUACAUUUACUUUGGAAUUUUAGUGUCUAUUUCACAUUAGGUGCAUAAUUUCAAGAGGUUUUGAUGAACUUAUUUUUAAUUGGAUAGAAAGCAAAAUCUAAGUGAAUUCUGCUUUUUAAGUUUGUAAAUCCUAUUUUUUCUUAAAUAGUACACUGCAUGGUAUUUAAUAUCCUAGGAGGAAUGGAAUUUUAUUUAACUUCAUUUCAGGCUCUUGAAAUAAUGGCUCAGUGAAAAAUAUGCAUUUUAAUGCUUCUGUAAAGAGAUGCGUUUCUUACAAAUGUGAUGCUUGAACACAUAAAAGGAAAACUUGCCUCAUAAGUUGAUUAUAACUUUUGUUCUCCAUGGAUUUUAUUUUACUACAAUAGCCUGUUUUUUUGGUAUGUAUUUGUAAUUUUGAUUGACCGGUAAAAUGGAUAUUAAGAAACAGAAAAUUGAACAGAAUGAAACAAACAGUAUUUGAAAAAAUGUAGCAUCUUUUACAUUCUAUUUAUGAUACCCAUAAUCAACAUAAAACACGUUUUAAAGGAACAGACUUUUAGUUUGAAAUUUUAGAAAAAUGCUUGAUAUAGAAAAGAUUCCUAUGGAUUGAAUUUGGAUACUACCAUUCUUUUUUUAUAUUACACAUUAUAGUGAUCAUCAUCACAGAUACUAAUAACUGUAAAUUGGUUUGUUUUGAAACAAAUUGGAAAUAAACUUGGAAAUGUUUUCUUGCAUUGGAAUAAUAAAAUGUACUGAAAAACUU